GUGAAUGAAAUGGGUUUGGAUGUGUUUGUAAAUGGUUAAAACGACCACUAUUUCUAGUAUGCAAUAAAAAUACAGUCGUUUAGGACGGGUGUGAUCUUGGAAUGUUCUGUUUAGCAGUAGGAGAUUAGUUACUGGAUUGUUUAUUCUUCGAAAUUUUAUUUUACCCCGGGUCGUUUUUAUUUGGGUUGUAAUCCACGCGAUUGUUAUGAUUUAUUGUCGGUUUACACGCCUUAAAAAAAUCUUCCUAUAAGUCUUAUUACUGUUGUUUUAAAUUAAAACCUGAUGCAUGAUAACUUUGAUGUUUUUAUUUAAUUAUGUAAUGUAUUUAUGAUUAGGCAAUUUUUCUAUGCCAGACUGUGUUUAGGUCUUUAAUUUCCAGAUUUGUUUUGAUAAAUUUUUAAGCAUUUUUAAUUAAAAGCUGAAGGGACAAAUUAGCUCGGGUGAUAGACGUUUCAGGCCCUUAAUUUUUUGCAUUUGUAAGGCUUAUAUUAAUACCUAAAAGAACACAUAAGGUUAGCGACAACAAAUUGUAUUUUUGCAAUUUUCUGUUAGAUUUUUAUUGAGCGUAACCACUAAAACAUGUCGGCGGUAACGCUGCAGUCGUUUCAUUCUGCCAAAUUGAAAUUCGAGUCGGAAGAGACAGUGGUACCGGAUAGUACCACCCAAGCAGAAAGAGACAUGUCCGACUUUUGCCCAGGGGAAGACGUACUGGUGAAACAAAAAGAUGGGAGAUAUUAUUUCGGUACAAUCGUGGAGGCCGACAGUAUCCGGGACCAGUGCUUGGUAAGAUUCGGGGACAACACCGAAAACUGGUCGGCCUUCAAGGACGUGACAAAGCUGACCACGACCGAGCUUGAGGAUUUGCUAUGCGUGAUUUGUAAAAAGUCUUCACCAAAGAGCGAGCGCGAGAUAUCGGUGUGCGAUCAGUGCGGGAGGGGGUACCAUUCGAAAUGUCAUCAGCCCGAGAUACCGGCUAGCGGUCAGAAGGAAGACGCCGGGUGGAUCUGUAAGCGUUGCACUGACAGUGAGCCCCACAGAUUCAAAAAGGCCGACUCGAAACCCGGACGCAGGGAUUCCCGCAACUCCACAUGCUCCAGCAACCAGGAGAGCCUGCCCACGUCCACCGUGAAGGUGUUGCCUUACGAGAUAAACUCGUUGACGUGGGACACGUACCACCAGGUGAACUCUGAAAGCGUGUACUGUUACUGCGGCGGCAAGGGCGAGUGGUACCGGCAAAUGCUCCAGUGCGGCCGUUGCAGGCAAUGGUUCCACGAGGCCUGCAUCGAUUCCCUGCUCUACCCGCUCUACUGCGGCGACAGGUUUUAUGUGUUCAUAUGCGCCAUAUGCAAUUACGGGCGCGAUUUCGUCCGAAGACUGGAACUGAAGUGGGUCGAUCUCGUCCACCUCAUGUUGUUCAACCUGACCGUGCACAAUUGCAAGAAGUAUUACGAUCUGGACACCGUUGUGAUACCCUACAUUAGUGAUAACUGGCACGCUUUACAGCUACCACCAAAGAUGGCGAACGUCACCAAGGCGGAGCGUCGCGACAACAUCCUGUCCGUAUUGACCAACAAUCGGAAUCGGUUUAAGUGCGGGCGAGAAAUCAAAAAGCGAACUACGAUAUGGGGUUUGAGGGUACGCCUGCCGCCGCCAGUGCCGUGCGUGGUGCUCCCUCCGUCCCAUCGUCGGGUCACCGAGUCGGAGUUGAGGGAGUUGUGGCACGGCAAUAGGCGGUUGCAGUUUUUGCCUUCGCCGAUUGGCGAGAGGGCGUCCGCGCGGAAAAUCGUGGUCGCCGACGUCUUCAUGAGGAACCUGAUGAUGGGCGUGGCGUAUCAGCAGAACGCGAAUCACAGCGAGACCGACUCGCCUUGUCCCAGUCCCGAAAUCGAGAAGGAGGACCGAGUGAUACUCAACACGAUCAAGUUUCCGUCUAAGAACGACUACCUGGGGGCGGGGUGUGCGAAGAAAACCGCGCCGUUCAAGAAAAUGAGUCUGCAGCGACGCAAGAAGCUGCUGGCGAUGACGAAUCGCGAGCGGGACCGUAUUCUCAAGAGGCCGCGCCGUCUAGUGACGAAGAAAGAGCCGUCGAGCGAGGCGGGCACGAAGCGAACCGCCUCCGCGGGCGCGGACGGCAUGCCACCGACACCGCCCACGUCCGUCUCUGCGCCCCCCACUCCUCCGGCGUCCAACACCAUGUCGACGGUGUCGGAUUUGAGCAACGAUUUUUCGGAAAGCUCCGGCCAGACGAAGCAGGGCAACAAGAAACAGAGUCUGAUGGACUUGGAGCUGAACACGCCGUGCGACACUUCGAGUGACGAAACGUCGUCGAAAAGCACCCUCGACCUCAUCAUACCACCGCCGAAAGACUUCGAGGGCAAGAACAACCCUUUCCUCGGACUGUUGAGGAUGGGAGGCGACGAGUCGGCGUCGAAAACCAAGAAGAAGAACAAGGACAUCACGCUGCCGCUGCCCCUGAAGACUGUGAUACCUGGUCAGCCGGUAAUGAGGCCGAUGAAGAGGCAGCUCAGCGAGAAGGACAUCGUGAUCGGUCCCAACGGCGAGAUCAAACGCAAGAAACGGUUCCGGAGGAGCAGGAACCUGCAGCCGUGUUACGGGGGACGGACGGCGAGUAAAACAGCGACGGUGGUACCGGCGCGACCCGACGUCAAAGACUGGAAAGGGCCCCAAGGAGGCGCUUCGGCGUCUGGCGCACAACAAUUGUGCGUCGACUACACGUUGACCAGUCGCCGGUUACGUCAAAGACCCGAGAGACCUACGGAGAAGGAGAAAGCGAUACCGAACCCUCCGACGACGCCGAAACCCAGCCCCGUGAAACAGGAACCCGAGAUCGACAUGGAGGAUCUGAAAAGCUCCGUCAACAUUUAUUUCGGCGCGGCGAAUCGGAUAGCGGCCGGCGAACGGUUCACGGUAAAAGCGAAACGCGUGGGACCGCAAGGCAAGGUCGAGUGCCUGAUCGAGUGGGAGGGGCCGGGUGGGCCGGGCGGUAUGACUUGAAUCGACCGCGACGACCCGGUUUUUUUCCGUUUUGAGUUGCUGUGAUUUUUCCGCGGCUACGAGGCUAUCGAUCGUUUGGGGUUGGGUCGGAGAGGAGUUUUACGCGAGACGCGGAUAUUCGAGGUUUCACUAUAUAGAUGGUGACGCCGACGCACGGUGGGCGGAGCUAAUGAAUUUUAAUUUAUUUAUCUGUGCGCUUGGGAUCCGAAACUGUGAUUUUACUACUUAGUUUUACAGUACAAAGAGUAUCGCGGGGAGUUAAUUUUCUCAAUUGAUAAGGCAUUAUUUAUUCGUAAGUCGUACUCCCACAAGUUAUUGAAUAAGAGGUUUUGUUAGUUUAAGUGACUGAAUAAAUUUUCUCCCUUAUUGAGAUUUUUGACUAGCUAUUAAUUUAGUAGUAAAAAUAUGGUGAAUAAGUGCAACAUACAAAAAAGAAUUGUAGGUUAAAAUUUACCAUUUCUAUCAUUUAUGACAAAUGGAAUAGAUAUCACCCUGGUGAAUAACAAUUUUUCCAGAAUUCUUUUAUACAUGCGUUUUAAGGAAACAUUUCUGUUCUUAGCUCCCUAUUCCCUAAAACUCAAAAUUUAGGGCGGUGAAAGAGUGAAAGAACAUUGGUCUGAUUGUUACACCUACUUUUUUUUCGAUAAACACUGAGAUCCCAAUUCGACUCCUUUUUUUUCUCAUUCAGUUUCGUUCACUUUCUUUUCCAUGUGGAUAGGCUUUUAUAGUUUUACAAAUUUUGAUAAAAAUGAAAGCAAGCGAUUUAAAAUAUGAUUUAUAUUGAAAAACAAUAGUUUUUUUUUCUCCAAAAGUGAAAAAAUGCACAAAUAUUAGUUUAUGGUCCUUACAGGGCUUGUUGACCUAACUAAAACUGAAUAAAAAAAUAAAUCAAAUAUAAGUAAGGUAAAUCUUUAUGGCGUUAAAUAUCUUAAAAAUCUUGAACAAACUUUUUUACGUUGUUUUUACAACCGUUGAUGUCCCACUGUGCGUCGGUUGAUCGAAAAUUGCGUAUUCCCGGGAAGCCGGGGGAUAAUAAUCUGCACUGUAUAGCCCACCAGCCGUCAGGACCGAGUUUACUUUUCCCUAUGGUAGCCAGGAGGCUACAACUCUUAAUUAUUGUUAUGAGUCACUUAUAACUGCCAGUUUCGUCACUGCCACUUGUUAACCUGUUUUUUAUUUUUAAUUUUAAGUGAAACUGCGGGGAUAGAUCCUAAUACCUCGAGAAAAACUGCGAACAACCUUAUUGUGAAACUAGCCGAUAAAUGUGAGAGGCGUCCCUAUCCUUUUUUUGGACAAAUUUGAUGUUACUGCGCGCGAUUUGUAGUAAUCAGUUAGGUAAAUCUAAGUCUGUAAUAUAUACAUAGGGGCGGUUCGGUGCAAUUGGUGAUACCCCGUUCUGCCCCUUCCUAGAAAAAUUAAAAGUUUCUCGGCCGGUAACGCGCGAUGUUACGUUAGCGUUGUUUUAGUACAGGGUAAAAAGAAAUGUUAAGUGAACAUUUUUCGGCCGGCAUUUUUUUAGUACCGUUUAGCCCCGCACUCGUAUCGUUUCCCAAGGAACAAAUCGAACCCAAUUAUAACAUAUAAUUAUAUUUUUUAGUUUUAAAGAGACUGACCCACCAGCAUCAUACUUAAAGUAUUUUACGUACGGGGCGUCGGCCGGUACGUUUGAACUACCGACCGGUUUACUCGUAUUAGCGAAUACCUUUUAACCCGCCUGUAUCAUUUCAAGCGUCUCACACAACGUUGUACAUAAUUGUUUUUAAUUGUGUUAGGAAAUUGUCAUGUAUUCAUGCAGACUUGUAUUUUUUUAAAUUAAUUUAAACUCAAAUAAAAGGCGU